GCAGUCGCUGUAGCCGAAAACGGCUAGGAGGAGAUGAUGAUGAUGAUGAUGAUGAAGUGGACUUUAUUUGAGAAUAUUCAAUAACAAUUUCAGAAAAUUUUUGGUGAGACCACAUGAAAGCCUGUAACCACGCUCCCGCUUCUACCUUUGACACCGACCGGAGUCUUGCCAAAUCCACACCCGUAGCAGCACUCAAGAGACGGGCAAAUGUGUUUCUGGCACCCGUAUCAUCCCAGGCUGUCUGCACUUGCGGAGCCUCAGGCAUAAGGUGACAGUCUAUUUCCAACGACAGCUGUAUUACUGUUCAUUUUACUAUGGAAAUUGACAAUAACAGCGACGCGUUCAGUACUAGUACAGCUGCGGUUAGAAAUGGAAUGAUACCAAUAGUCGCAGUUGGUUAACGAACUGACCAUAAUGCCAACGCAUCGCUAACAAAGGUAUCAAAAUUGUAGGUAUUUGCGUUUUCUUUGAGAGAUAAGUAUCUGUUCGUAAGAAAUAGUAUAUAAUCUGUGGUAGUGUGGUCGAUUGUCACUUAGCUAUAGUUCGUUUUUUUUUAGCAUUAGAAAGAACUUGCAAGAAGGUAAGCGAUCUUCACAUGUCUUUUAAUUAAAAAACGCUUUUUAAAAAUCAAAAACUAUUACAUAUGAAAGCAGAAGAAUAUAAAUGAUCGUAUUAGAUUCAUAAUUGUUACAUAUUAGCCGUAACUUAAAAAAAAAUGUGUUUUUCAAUUAAAAGACACACCAAGAUUGUUUACCUUACUUCUAAUGUUAAAAAAACGAACUAUAAGUUCUGGUGUGGUAGUGGCUUUUGUUGUCUUUUACAAUGCAUAUUAUGCUCAGAAAGUGAUACUUUAUGGUCUAUAUGUGGGCCAACAAUGGCAUAGCAAGUGCCACUUUUCCGUUCGUGUGCGGGAAAGUAGUUUUUUAAUUUACCAAAUACCUAAUAGUUUCGUUCAUUACAGAAUCAACACCAGCAUUUUCGACAAUGAAGUGCCAGCACUAUAUAUUUUAUUUAAAGAAUACCUACAAUGAUAAAGCGAUUUCCACCAAUUUCCAUUCCUUAGCUUGUGUUAAUUGAUUAAAAAUACCUACACGUGGUGCAUAUUCACGAUGCCACAGUCACUUAAUUUGAUUAAAGUAGGUAGCACUUAUAAUAUUAUUAUUUUUGGAAUCAUGUUAUACCUCAAGCGAUAUUAACAAACAUAAACUCCCUGCGAGCGGACUAAGAGUAUAAAGUAUUAGAAAUGAAUAUCGGACUGAAGCCAAUUGACAUAUUUAUUUUAACAGAAAACAUUUUUGGUCUGUACAAAAAUAUAAGCACGUUUAGCAAGCUAAGAAAAACCAUUGCAAUCACCAUAAUUUUUAUUGAAUUAUCUUUGUGUUUAUACGUUAUUUAUACUAUUGAUUUCAACAAUUUUAAAAACGUAUUUUUGACUUUCUUCUUUCAGUUAAAUUCUAUUGUAUCUAUUUCGGUGUCCUGUUACUAUUCAAAAGCGUAUAUGAAAUUUAUCAAUUGCCUAAAUUCCAACGAUAUACUUGUUGAUUUUUUACAUGACAAGAUAUAUUUCAAACGCUUGGCUUCACAUUUUAAACUUGGCCUCAAGCGCAUCUGCGGAUAUAUAUUUCUUUAUAUUGUGACGAUAAUAAUUUCUGAAAUUUACGAUGUACACAUUGUAGUCCGCAAAGGGGAACAAAGAGUUGUCCUUUUUGGCAGAGCACUAAGUGUGCUUCGUUUACAUGUAGAAUACAAUUUUAUAUGCUUUACAUUCCAUACUAUAUCUGAACAACUGCAAUGCAUAACGAGAUCUGUUGUUGGAAGAAAUUUAUAUCAUUGUGAAGAUGGCGACGUAACACAUACAAUAAAUAUAGAGAAAUGGCGCCAAAAUUACAUAAAUGUCAAAAAAUGCACUAUCUUCUUAAAUGAAAUAAUUGGCAUACAGUUGGCUUCAUCGUUUUGUAUCGUUGCAAUGCGCUUUAUUACCACAAGCUACAGUGCAGUAGUUUAUGGGCUCAAAGGCUACCUCAAUGUUGGAAUGUUGCUGUAUUACGGUGGGGUGUGCAUUUCCAUGUGGAUAAUAUAUGCAACCGUACAGGCAGCGCAGAGUGUACAAAACAGCGUCAGCGCUCUGACGCGUUGCUUCAAACUGCUUUUCGUACUAGAACAAGCGAAUGAACAUGCAGAUGAAAAUAAGUUAAAGAUAGUAAAACAGCUUUUGCAAAUAGUUACAACGCGACCAAUAAAAGUAAAAACCUUUGGUGGUAUUGACGUCAACAUGACGCUGAUUCCCGCGUGCCUCAGCAUCGUCGCGAUCUACACUAUCAUCGCUCUCCAGUUCAACAAAAUCGUGUAACGCGCCGCUCUCCGAUUUAAUAAUGUGGUAUAACGUAGUGACCUAAAAUGUGGAAUGCCACACAGCCAAUAAAAAGAGUUCAAAUAGGUACACAACAAAAAAAAACUAUUGCCAUAAAAUGGAAACUAUUUCUUCUAAUUUUGAUCUAAUAAAAAAGUGGAAGUAGAUUUAAAAUGGUACUGCUUAAAACUUUCGGUCACUGAAAUCCAUACUAAUCCUGUCUGCUUGUCUGUUACCUCUUCACGCUUAGCCGCUAAACCGAUUUAGUUGAAAUUUGGUAUAGAGAUGGUUUGAGUCCCGGGGAAGGACAUAGGAUAGUUUUUAUGUCGGGAAUCAUCCCUAAAGAGAGUGAAAAGGGGGGGAGAGUCUCGUAUUGAGAGAGUUAAUGAAUUGCCUGAUCUCUGAUUGAAACUUAUGCCCAAAUUGAAUGAUUGCUAUUACACUUUCUUCAGGCGCUGUACUUACACUAGCUGCUGUUACUGAUUCCACGCAGACGAAGUCGCGGACAAAAGCUAGUAUAUUAUAUUUAGGUAUUUAAUCGUUUUCUCGAAUUUAACAACGUUGUGUAAUGCAAGGUGUCUCGAAGAGUGUCACGAAGAGCGAUCGGCGACGCUACGCUCUUCCAGUCAACAAUUCGGCAUUGUCGUGUGAAACGUCGUGAGCCUACCCAUGAAUUUUUUUUUAUUAUUUUUAAAUUUCAACGUAGCCCUUUCAAAUUUAUGCACUUUUCCCAUCUUCUUGAAACCCUCCAAAAAUAUGACUUCGGAAACUCUGCAAAAUACUCAUCCGUGGCCUCUAUGACCUCUUCAUUUGACAUGAAGCGUUUGCCUCCGAGCCAAGAUUCCAUGUUUGGGAAUUGGGAACAGAAAGAAAUCGCAAGGAGCCAAAUCCGGGGAAUAAGGAGCGUGAGGCAGUAUUUUGUAACCCAAUUGAUCUAGUUUGGCCUUGACGAUGCGAGAUGAAUGAGCCGGAGCUUAUCCUGGUGAAACAGCAUUUUUUUUUAAUUCUUCAACAAAUCGAGACAACAAUUCAGAGUAAUAUUGCCCAGUGAUCGUUCUUCCCUUCGCUAAAUAGUCUGUGGAUAAUUCGUUGCGAAUCUAAACAAACGGUGUCGCCAUCACCUUCCCGGCCGACGGAACCGUUUUUGCUGUUUUAGCACACUUUCGCCGGGACAAGUCCACUGCUUUGACUGUUGUUUCGUUUCGGGAGUAUAGUGGUGGAUCCACGUUUCGUCCACGGUAACGUAACGCAUAAAGAAGUCCUUCGGAUUACGCUUUAAUAGUGCCAAACUCUUUGGAAGUAGCCACACGAUUCUUGUUUUCUUCCAAAUGUUUAUGAACGAUAUUUUGUACACAGGUUAGACCCAUAUGUCAGUCCCGUUAAAAGUCUUUGUACAUUUUACGUCGUUCAUGAAUAUACAAAUCAAUAAGUAUUUUAUGUACCUACUCUUUUAUUCUCUCUCACACUCUCAAGGGAAUCAAAAUUAAUAGGAUAUAGGUACUUCCCGUUGACUUAGAACUAUGAAAUUUGGCAAGUAAUAUCGUAAUGCAAGUACAGGAAAAAAUAUGAAAACUAUAAAUUUGUAAAAAAAAUAAAACAAAAAGAAUUUAAAAAAUUGUAAUCUGCUAAAACCUUAGAAUUAUUCAUUUAUCAAAAGUAUAAUUUUUUCAUUUCAUUUCAAUUAUUACCGACUAACCUUCAUUAAUAUUUAUUAAAUAAGAGUUCAGCGACAUUAUCAUUCACGACACAUCGACUAAAGUUAACUUCCUGUGUACAGACGAACAAGGGCAACUAAAUAUUCCAAUGAAUAUUAGUUAUAAUUUUCACCACACCAGCUGGUAAGUAUAGGCUCUCUUGAAUAUUCAAAAACUGAUGAGAAAGUUGUAUUUUAUCCACAUGUGGGGCAAAGUAAUCAGAUGAUAAUUUUGAGUUAUUCCCUUAAUGUUAGCUGGUAAAUAGUGGUCUUUGUCCAACGUGAAAUUAGUUAAAAAUGAAUAUCGAAUUAAAAUGAUUUUGAAUACUCUUAAAAUUUGAGAUAUCCCGUUAAAAGUUUUUUUUUUUAUAUUCGGAAAUCGCUUUUGACAGAUGUAUGCCAGUGUUUGGUUCUAUAAUGUUGUCUAUUUACAAAUGUAACACGGGAAUCUGUAGAAAUAGGAAUCUGUAAAAAUGGGAAUCUGUAUAGUAGGUAUAAGUUCGUAGCUUCCCAAUAGAGCCCGACGCGACGACUAAUCCAAUUGUCUAUUGUUAAGUAAAACCGCACGUGCAACGUACCUGCAAAAAAGGUCUUAAUUAUUCUAUUUGGCACCUGAGCGCGGGCUAGUCCAAUGCUCAAAAAACCAGUGUAGGUGCGAGCUUUCCGAUAACGCGCCUUUCUUAUGCAUCUCGAUGACACAUUUUAGACUGGUUCUGUAGCGUUUGACUCGCCGGCACUCAGUGUCCGAAGUACCGAGUGCCGGCAAGUUGAACGGACCACACACAUCGUAACGAAAUAUUUAUCCAUUAGUUCAUUUUGAAUCUUAUUGCAAUUUCCAUAGGAGUUGGAAUUCAAUUACCUGGGUAAAGUGAACGAACGAUUUUUAUGCAGGUGGUUGUGGCACGUGCGGUUUUACUUAACAAUAGACAAUAGGAUUAGCCGUCGGGCUCUAUUAGGUUAGGAAGCUACAAACUAUAUUGAGAAUAAAUAGAAAUGAAAAUUUGUAUUAUAGGGAAUUUGUAAUAUUGGGAAUCUGUAGAAAUUGGAAUCUGUAUAGUUCGUUUUUUUUAGCAUUAGAAAUUAGGUAAACAAUCUUGAAGUGUCUUUUAAUUGAAAAACACAUUUUAAAAAUGUUGCGGCAAAUAUGUAACAAUUAUGAAUCUAAUUCGAUCAUUUAUAUUCUUCUGCUUUCAUAAGUAAUAGUUUUUGAAUUUUAAAAAGCGCUUUUCAAUUAAAAGACAUGUCAAGAUCGCUUACCUUCUUGCAAGUUCUUUCUAAUGCUAAAAAAACGAACUAUAGUAUUAGGAAUCUGUAAUAUCGGAAAUCUUUAGACGUGGGAAAAAUUCUCUUAUACGAGAAGUUAUCCAAAUACCAAACAUGACACAUAAAUGUACUUAGGUAAGUACUUAUAUAAACUAAUUAAUUACUUUCAAAUCGAAGGUACUCUGAUAAAUUAAUUGUAUUUUUUUAUUUACUCGAAGUAUUCAAUUAACUAAUUUUAAUCACUCGGUAUAAAUUUUCUUGAUAAAAUGGGUGACGGAA